CUCCACCUGGAAUGUGGGCCAAACUCGGAUCUCAAAGUGCAGUCAUAUGACUUCUCCCAGAUGGCUGAGCGAGAAUCAACAAAGCCGCAAACGGUCUUCUGAAGCUAAUUUAAACAAGUUCCGUGAUCUUGGCGGAUCGGGACGCGUUGGGAGCAAUCGGCGGUUUCAGUUCCCAGCUCUCAGUCAGUCAGUCAGUCAGUCAGUGGAUAUGGAUGUCGGGAAAAGACGCGUCGUUUAGGGUGCAGCGGGCUACAGGAGGAUGACAGUUAGUCGCCAGCUGAGGCUCUGUGGAUCCGGGUCUUCUCUACUACCUGUGCGUGGUGCGAACACUGCAAGACGCAGAUGGACGACCUGACCGGCAGGGGUCCACGGCGGCAGGCAGCGGGAGAAGAGACGAGCUCGUCGGGCGGCCACCAACCAGACGUCCGCUCUCAGAGGAGGGUAGCGGUGGUCAGCUCUCCCGCUCUGUCCGUCGCGCGCCUCACUUUACCUGGGAUCAUGGACGCUGAGGGCAGGGUCGACGAAUCAAGACUGAGGAUGCAUAUAUUCAAAAACGGUGGUGUGUCUCCAUCCGAGCGUGGCCUGGUGUGGCGUUUCCUGUUCGGGAUGUACCCGUGCAGCUCCACAGCUUUGGAGCGCUCUCUGCUGCAGGAGCAGUUGGUCGUACGAUACCGGGUCAUGAAGAGAAAGUGGCAGCAGUUCCUUCCUUCAGCUGUACGAAUGCAUCUCAACGGCACUGAUGCUGAGUUGGUGGCAGCUGUCAGGUACUUUGACCAGAGGCAGACACAGGCACAGCAACAGACCCAGGACCAGUCUGAGGAGGUCCGGGACAGACUGGCUUUCUUGGAGCUUCAGGCACAGAUAUUAUUUGAGCGGGUCAUAUUCGACCAUGAGGAGCUCCGGGAAGCCAUACGAAUCAUUGACAAGGAUGUACCAAGAACUAACAGAGACCUGAGCUAUUACCAGGGUGAAGGUUCAGGUAAUCUGUUGGUGUUGAGAGAUAUCCUCAUCACUUAUGCUGCUUUUCAUCCAGAGGUCAGUUAUGCCCAGGGAAUGAAUGACCUGUGCAGCAGGUUCCUGGAGGUUCUUGACUCAGAGGUUGACACUUUCUGGAGUUUCUCUUGCUACAUGGAGAAAUUCUCCAAGGACUUCAGGGCUGAUGGUCUGCACAGAAAAAUAGAGUUGGAGGCAGCCCUGCUGAAAGAACUGGACCCACAGCUUUAUGCUCACUUAGUCACAGACAGCAUGGAGAGCUUCACCUUCUGCCACAGGUGGCUGCUCCUGGGUUUCCAGAGGGAGUUUGAACACAGCGACGCCCUACGUUUGUUUGAGAUCCUGAGCUGCGACCACCUAGAGCUCAUCUCCCAGCAAGUAGACCGAGCCAGGUAUCAGGAGAGGCUGGCACGAAAAUACAGCACAGAGGACAAUUCAGAGUCAGCGUUGCAGGCCAUCAACACUGACUUCACCUUUGAGCUUUUCAUCUGUGCAGCCAUUCUGCUGGAGAACAGAGAGUCUCUGCUGCGGUGCAGAGACGAUGUACAGCUCAUUCAGUUUACUACCAGCCUUCAGGGAACACUGGACCUGAACAGCACACUGAAGAAAGCAGAGCACCAUUUCUACAACUACUGCAAGCGCUGUGCGUGGGACUAUAUGAAUGGGCGCUGUAGAGCACACAAAAGCAAAGAAGAGGACUUUUUUUAUCAACUUCGUAGUUUAUUUGUUUUAAAGUGAUAGCUGCUAUUUAAAUACCUGACGUUAAGGACUCCUAAGACACUGUAAAUUGUAACAAGGGACAUAUUAUCCCUAUCUGAAGUUUUUGAUGGCACAUAUUCUUUGUAUUAGUUUUUAUUUCUGAGGGAAAAACACUGACAUUUUUAUGGCUGCUUACUUUAAAUUUGAUUUGUCCUUGCUGUUUAUUAUAAAUGUACAGUAUUUAUUGUAUGAAAGUCGAUCAGCACCGACUGUGAGUUAUUUUGGUUGCUUCCCUGAACUGCAGUGAAUAUGAAAAGCAUGAGCUUUACUACCUCAGAGUCAAAGCUGUUAAAGAUUUGUUCCAUGUUAUGCAACAUUCAACUGCUAAAAGAAAACAACUACUUGACAGGCGUGUGUGAAUACUAAGAUCUGGUGUGUUGCAACAGGUGGCGCCCUUAACGAACUGCAGUUAUAUUUAAUGCCAGAUGGCCUAUGUGUCAGGGAGGCCUAUGUAACAAGAAUAGACAUCCAGCUUUUGAGCUCUGGCAGAGGGACCAUGGAGUAAGGGGAAGGCCAACUUACUGCACAACUGUGGGGAGAAUGAAACACAUACACAAUAUAGAUAACCUGAAAAAAUUAUACCUCAAUAAAACAACUGAAGAUUA